AUGGCAACCUCUUCCUUUUCGGAAAUACCAUGUGACCUCUUCGUUCGAAAUCCGUUACUGAACUUUGAAUCCCAAGCUCAAUUAGAGAAGCUCGUGGACAUUGUUGUAGUCAGCCUGACUGAGGUGAACUGGCUGAAGGAUCCUGGUCUGUCUCGCGACGCGUUACCAAAUGCGCGGAUUCUUUACUUCAACUACGUGAUAUCUAAACGAUCGACGGGCGCCCCCUAUACCGUAAAAGAUAUAGCCAAGAGAUUCCUGAAGCAAUUCCUGUCUAUGAGAUCGGAAUGCCCUCUUCGUCCAAUCGUCUUCGUUGGACAUUGCAUUGGAGGUCUUGUUAUUCAAAAGGCUUUGGUUUCGAAAUCACCAUCCUUUGCUUCAAGCUCUAGCAUAUCUAGGGUCACGGCUGGAGUUAUCUUUUUUUGUACUCCAGAUGUCCUUAAGCCAGAUACGCAAGCGUUACUUCCAUUUAAGCAAGAACUUGAACAACUGGCCAAAGAAUACUACGACUUUCUAGCCUUGAUCAAUAGGCUAGCAUUUCUUGUGCAUUCGUUUUACGAAAUUGACGGAGCCAAAAUUGUGAGCCCAACCACCUCGGGCGGCCCUGACACGCCCUCUACUAUCAUUCCUGGGUUCUCUUCGAAGGCUAUUUCGACAGAUCCUGCCGCAUUAGGCAAGUCUGGCGGCAGUGCGGAGUCAUUGUUCCGAGAAACUCACGAAGCAGUAAGAUACUUCAUUCAGAAAGCCCCGAACAUGGUUUCAGCCAGGCUAGACGAUACAACCUCCAGACACACACGCCCUCAGUUGGCACCCCAAGAUAAAGAGCUCCUGCAGAUGCUCUCUCAUAUCAAUUGCAAAUCAAUCCUUGACCUUAACCUGGGCAAUCUCCUCAGGGGCUAUGGCUCUUGGAUCUUGCACGACGCUCAAACUACGAAAUGGCUCAAUGAACCGAAGUCGCAGGUUCUUUGGCUACAUGGAGAUGCGGGAGUAGGGAAGACAGUGGCAUCCACGUACCUGAUUCAGGAAUUGAUCUCUAUCCAGGAGCUGCGAGACAAAAUAGAUGUGAAAACCGCACAAGAACCGCAACAUAGUGGAAAUCUCAUAGCAUAUUUCUUCUGUCAACGCACUGAAUCGGAUCAACAAUCCGCGACUAUUAUCUUGAGCAAUCUCUUGCAACAGCUCCUGCAACAACGGCCCGACCUCAUCGGGCUUUUCCGCGACAGAUUCAAGGAACGGCGGGAGCUGGCUUACCUAGGGUUGAAGGAGCUGUGGACUCUCAUAGAAGAAAUUCUGCACCAUCACUCGGUCAACACUGCCUACCUCGUAAUCGAGGGUCUAGAUGAAUGCAGCCAUUUACGUGAUGAACUUAUACGGCUGCUACAGCCCUACAUCGAUGGUAUACCACAACAUAUCCGCCCUCCACUCGAUAGACAAGCAUCACAUGACGGGUCGGCUCCUCCAUUGCACCUACGUGGGGGAAGUGGGCGCCCGCCCCCUCCGCCCCCAGGUUGGAGACGCCCUGGUGCUGAACAAUAUAUGCCCGAACCCCCUCCUCUUCCCCCAGGUUGGCAACUCCCUGCUUCUGCACACUAUAUGCCAAGGCCUCCCCCUCCACCCCAAAAUUUUCGAACUGGGGCCCCAAUUCUACAGUCUAUGCAACGACAGAGGCCGCAGACCAACUCCACACAAACAGUGGAGAUCACACCUCCGGUGUUCUCAACAGCAGAAGAGUGCCAGACGAGACUAACAUCUUAUAAGUUGUUUAGCAUUAAGAAAGCUGCUCCGCUGAAUUUGCAAGAAAGGCCGAGCUGGGUAAGAGCUGAAAUCAUCGAAGAGCAUUUACCGCAAGAAGAUAUUUCCAAGCUAAUCAAGAAACUGAACGAAGCUGGCCUUUCUGCGGCAGAAAAGAAAGCCGCAUUAACUCCAUUCCAGCAAAUACAAAUUGCUCGUCUUCUGGAUGAUGUAACUGCUGGUGAACGUGAUCCAAAUUUUGUGUGGGCACUCGCACAAUUCGAUAGGGCGGAGAGAGUGGUUAGAUUGGGUUUGAGGGAAACUACAGAACUUAGAGUCUACUUGCAACGUUCUCCUCUGGAUGGCCUCGACCCAAUUGUCCUGUGGAAUAAUAUAGAGAGGCACAAGGCGACUAGCCAGGGAUUCCAGGUUGGCGGCGGACGCUAUGUUGCCGGUGUCGAAAGAGUACCCAUCAAGCUAGCGAACAAGGCCAAAAUGUACGACGACGAAUCAAGCAUUCUGUCUGUCAGGUCUGGAACUGUUGCCGAAUAUGCUCGAUAUCACCGUAAUCCUCCGCGUAGGAGGCCGAUUAGGAUGGGCCGAAGACUGAGAGAGGUGCUUCGUUCUAGGAGGCGGAGACACAGAAAAGCCAGGGGCGGUACUACUUCUGGUUCAGAAAUCGACGAAAUCGACUGGAGGACCGAUAUUUCCAGCUUGUCAUCGUACAGUAACAUCACUCAGGAUGAAACGAAGACUGAAAGAGGGAAAUCUGAUGAGGGGAGAGUCUCACACAGUCCAUUGGCGGCCCGUCAGCCAAACUGGACUACCAGAAUUUGCAUUUUCAUUACUAGCAGAAAUGACGAAUACUUAACACAGCAGCUAAGUAAGGCUCUGGAAAUCUCAAUCAAUCUAAGUGUGGAAGAACAAAUCAGGAGGCUCAUCGACCGCUAUGUCCCAAAGCUGCUAGGUCUAGACCAGGUAUUCGUGGAUAAAGUCAAGAAACAGCUUGUUGAAAGAGCACAAGGACGCUUGCCUUGGAUAAAGCUGGCUAUAAGGGAACUUAAUAAGAUGGCAACGAGCGAUAACCUCAUACCAUUUUUGGGCACAAUACCAAGUCAGUUUGAAGGUUUCUACCAGCUUUACCUAACUAGGGAUUCUGGAUUGAGAAAUAAAGUGGAAAGGGCUGUCUUAACAUCCAUGUUACUGGCGAUGCGGCCGUUAAACGGUUCUGAAUUACACUUCCUGACAAGAUUGUCUGGGUUGGCUGAGGGAAGUUUAGACCCUAGUUCAGGGCUUGAAGCUUAUAUUGAGGCCACCGGCCCCUUUCUCGACAUCUCCCUUGAAGGCAGGAUUUGGUUCAUACAUGACACAGCAAGGCAAUCGGUGGGCGCAAUCCUCCAAAGUGAUGGGAUCGACUUAGAGUCCCUUCAUGCCGUAGUAGCACGGCAUUGCUUCAAACAUAUCUCCAAGCCUAAUGCAUGGGCCGAUCGGAAUUCACAUCUGAACUACUCUAUAGGUUUUUGGAUGGAUCAUUGUCGGUUGGCAUCGGGAAAGACAGUGUUCAGCGACAGUUUAAGUAAUGAAUUCUUCCAGAAGAGUUCGGAAUUGAGAGAAAAGUGGUUCGAUGCAUACUGGAGAAUCAGGUAUCCGAAGGAGGACAAGCCAUAUGGAUUCACGCUUCCUCAUGUAGUUGCUGAAUCGGGGUAUUAUCAGCUUUUACAGCAGCUACAUGAGCAAGGGGACUGGUUGGAAGACUUCAAUUCACUGGACUCACUUGGGAAUAUGCCUUUGCAUUGGGCAGCGAGAAAUGGCCAUUUGAAGGCUGUGGAAUUACUGUUGAUGGUGACAGAUGAUCUCGACAGAGUGAAUAUGGACCAAUUGACCCCGUUACACUUUGCUGCCAUUGGAGGACACUGCGAUAUCGCAGAAUGCCUCAUACUUAGAGGUGCAAACGUCGAUUCGAAGGCAAGAAAUGCCACGACGAUAUUACAAAGUGCUGCUAGCGAAGGACACCAAAAGAUGGUAGAAAUCUUACUUGCAGAAGGAGCGUUUAUCGAUGCUACAGAUAUGGAUGGCUACAGAGCUCAGCACUUGGCUAGGAAAUAUGGACAUAUUGCAAUUGCCGAGAUGCUCCAAAAAUAUGAAUCUAGAAUGAUAUCCACGGAGUCGUUACCGGGGACAACGCGAAUUGACGGAGGCUUCAUUGGGACGGUCGUUGACUUUGUCCACUCAGGUCGUUAUUUCCACAAGAAGAUUUCUGUGGACAGGAUGCUUUCGAACGAGAGCUUUGAUAGCAUUAUGACUGGUGCGAAGGGAGACCUUCGGCCAGAAGCGGAGGAUACUGAAUCGGGAUUUGAGAACCCAGAUCCUAGGAAAGUAAGAUGGCUGCAUCUUCCGGCAAACAAUAUGAGAUGGGUAGAGAUUCUUAUGAACAAACAGUAUCGCGACCUCGAGAUGCCAGAAGCUGCAAGAGCAAUUCUACGACCAGAGGCAUGGGCUGACAGACAGCACCGACCGGGAAAAUCAAUCGUCCACGGACGAUUUAUGAAAUCGGGCAGCCAGAAAGUCUCGACGAAAGGCAUGAGUCUCAACAAGAUUCUGGAAUGCUCCUCACGGCGAAUGCCGUAUUUAAACUGGGCGACUGAGGACGAGAGAAAGAAGCUAAACCGUAUUAUAAAGGAGGUGACUGAAGCUAAUCAGAGCAGUAACAACUCAGGUCCCAACGUUGCUUCAGACAAGCCAGAUAGGUAUGAGAGACUAGUAUGGAAAUAUGUAUACGAUGAGCAUCCACUUCACGUUCGGCGGACUCUGGAUCAAUCGUAUUACAGCACUUUGCACAGUACCGAAACACGAGACGUGGACCAGAUUCCCUACAAAUACUUUCAUCAACACUUUGAAGAAAGUACUAUGCAUCCCGUAUUGAUGGUUGAUCAACUUUGGCUAUGGGUUCUUGGCAAAGAUACUGUCAUUACGAGCUUUCCCCAGCGGUGGACCGAGUCAAAAAGGGAUAGUUUCGAUGCCGAUAACAAGACGGAUGUACUCGAAACCAUCAUUCGAAGUGUGGACAAAAACGAAGCAGCUAUCCCAGACGGAUAUGAAUUGGCCAAAUUUAUCAUAAAUGCAUGCGCAAGCCUCUGUUUUGCAGUUACGCUUUCCCACCAAGGAACUCUUCCUUUCCCCGGGUGUUAUGAAACCGUCAUUGGCGAAGUGGCUGAUGCAGAAACUCAUCUUUUCCGAGAGUUCACCCAAGCUGUUGUAACUGAAGCCGAGGAAGCCACCAAAGAAGCCGCUAAAGGGAAAGUAAAAUCCGACCUUAAGAUCAAUGAGAAGGUCUUCAGCAUCCACGAAGAAACCAAGCAGCUUGAACUUAUCAAGGACGUGAGGGAUGAAUUGAACAUGAUCCUAAUGAUUUUACGAGACCAAUUAAAGGCCGUCGAUGAAUCUGAGAAUGUUUCCUCCGUCAAAGUAGCCUCCUUGCAUGAUAACAUACAGUUGCACGAGAGCGAAAUCCUGCAGCUCGAUCGCCGGGCCGAGAAAGUCUACAUAGCACUUAAAGAUCUUCUUGAUCUCAAACAAAAGCAAGCAAAUGUCGCCGAGGCACGCUCCCAAAGACACCAAGCCGAGGAAACUACCACGCAGGGAAAAGCAAUCCUGCUCUUCACUAUUAUCACCAUCAUCUUUCUGCCCCUCUCAUUCCUAUGCUCGUUCUUCGCUAUCCAAAUUGUUGAAUUCCCGACGCUCACGCUCAGCUUCGUGCUGCGAUACAUGUUCCCUAUAUCAGCAGCUAUCUCCGUACCGUGCAUUAUAGUGGCUUUGAAUUUUGACGCGAUAUCGAAACUCGAGGUUCCAAAGUGGAGUUUUCCGAAAUUGUGGACUAAGAAAAGCACCAAAAGAGCGUCUCGUAAAACAGAUUCUGGGAAAGAUGUUGAGAAGGCGUUGACGGGUGUGGAGGGAAGUAGGGAAAGAUCUGGGUCGCCUCAAUCAACGAAUAGUGGCUCGUCGAUAUUGAGUCGUGAUGGGACUUCGAGACGGACGAGAGUGUGA